UGUCGGGCAGCGUGGCGAACGUGGACGCCGGUAAAGCACUCUCAUUCAUCUUCGAAAAAUAGUGGCCAAACGUGUACAAAACACACCAAAAUGCCGUGUCGAAAAGAGAACUACAUAUUUUUGGAGCAGUCUGUCACUGUUGAUUCAAAGGAAGUGGACGCUCUUGUGACAAAGAUCGGCGAGGCUUUGCAGCUUCACAACAAUAGCGCUAACCAGACGAUGUCAUGUCUUCACAACCUUACCAACAACGGCGCCCACAACGCCAAACAGAGCAACAACAGUGCAGGAGCUCAAAGGCGUAAUGGUUGCUGUAUUCGUCUCCGAAGCCGAAAUUUACGUAGCCGAGCAAGUCCGUACAAUAUACCUGGAUCCAGUGAUCAGGAAUGGGACCAUUUUAAAACGUGCAACCGAAAAGGAAUUGAUAUUACAGGUAACGAAGAUGAUCCCCAUCAGCUCCUUCAGGAAUUGAUAUUAUCUGGAAAUCUAAUCAAGGAAGCCGUCAGACGACUUCAGUUUUCAUCGGAGACGGAACACGACCUUUCCAAACAAAUUGACUGAAAUUGUUAGCUAUCAAAGGCCAGCCACCAGCAAACUACCGGAUGAACUAAUGUGUUGGAAUGAGCUAGGUUAGCUAAUUGAUUAGCUACAUUGUUAACCUAGCUAGCUGGCUAACAAGUUAAUCAGCUAGGUUAACGCGAUAAUAGUCACAAGUUGGAAGUUUGUAAAACGAACUUUAUUAAAUCCAAAUGUUUUGUAUGAUGGAUAAAAACGACAUUGUAUUUUGACUGUUAGCUAACUAGCGGUGUUUUUGUUUGAUACGUGACUGAAAAUUCUAGGUUACUACAAACACUCACUAGCUAAUGAAUUAUUGGUAGGUUAUAUAUGCUUUCUGAAUGAAAUGUGAGCUGCAGGCUGGUUGUUACUCACUUCAUACAUCCUCUGAUGUCUAUCUGUAUUUUUGCAAUACUGCUGUUUGCAAACUAUUACAACAAACGGAUGGUGAACCAUGUUUGGGUGGCAAGCUAACAGCAUUGUGCCCUCGUCAAAUAACAAGCUUUGUGAGCCUUCACGAUGGCUCGCCAGCUUUGUUUACAGUUUUGCUAGCAAAUUAUGGGUAUGUCCCUCACGGAUACUCGCCGACAUGAGCCAGGCCACAUCUGUUUAUACUUAGUCGGAACAGUAAAAUACUGUAUUUUGUAGGUAGUCUUAAUUUGGAUUUAUGCCCUCAUUUACACCCACGUGGACUUUUCCGUCAAGUUUUCUUCGAAGUACAUGGACUGCUUGGAUAUUUUCAGCGGAGCCCUAACAAAUCUUUCCAACAAGUCUGCAGUUAUUAAUAAGGGGAGAACAGUCUGAGACGUGACGACUAUCACUACAGACACUUUGGUGCUUUUCGGAUUCCCGUAUGGAGUUCGUAGGCUAUGUUUCUCUUCUUUAGAUCUGUAUUGUUUGUAUGCUUCGUAACGAAGUAUUUUUAACAGUCCUGAUUUUCAGGCCGUUUGGUGUCUGUAAUAAACGUUUUUUUGCAUUUGG